CAGCUUGUCCCUAUUCAUGUUGCAUACCAAAGGGUUCCCAUUUCCUCUCUGCUGCCUUUUGGCAUUGACGAUUUUUUGGUGCUCCUGUGUGGAGCCAGGAGUUGGACUCGAUAAUCCUUAUGGGACCCUUCCAUCUCAGGAUGUUCUGUGAAGAUCUCACCUACAGCAACUGCCCUCCCAUUUGCCAAGUCCAAAGCCCAGAGUGACCUGAACCUCAACCCUCCUGCACGUUGCCACUCAUGCCACCAUGAGGACUUGGGGGAUGUUUCUGCUCAGAUGUCUCUCUAAAGCAAGGAACUCAGCACCCAAUGGCCAGGAGGAGACAGAUCCCUGCCCUGCUGGAGCUGCCCAAGUCCAGUGCUGAGAUUCCUCAUCCCAGGCAGCGGCAGGUCAGCUGGGCAGGUGACAUCAAGGAAACAGAGAUCAGCCAAUUUUGCUGGCCGACUCCCUGCGGUGAAAGCUGAGCUGAGACUGAGCAAACAAAGGCCCUGGAUUCAGCAUUUAUUAGAUGAAACAGGCCAGAUCCUCCUGCACAGCCCUCUCUGGAGCAGCCCUGCCCAGCCCUGCAGCUGCAGCGUGUUUGCAGGUCACCUCCCCACUAAUGCUCCCCAGCCCUCCUGGAGGACAGCAUGGAGUUACAAUCCUGUUUGGAUUUGUGUGCUGCCAGAGCCGCAUCCCGCCCUGCCUGCCGGCCCUGCAGCGGGCGCACUGCCUGCCAGCCUCCAGCACCGCUCUCGUUGCUCUCGGCCCGUUUCACCUCACUCUGUUUUGCUCCUUCCACUCUCAGGACGUGUGUUAUCUCUGGUCUAGAUGGAGAAUCAAAAGGGGAUGCUGUCUCAGUCCUGUUCAUCCCAAAAGCAGGAUGCUGUGGCUCUCAGUACCAGCUUGCCUUUCUACAGCCUCUGUGUCCAUGCAGAGAAGCUGUGAUCCUCCUUUCCAGUCCUUGGAAAGCUACCUAAUUUGGUGGCUAAACAUCCUCAGGGUGAGAUGCUGCCUGGUGCCCUCUCAGACCCAGCUGGUGCAUAACAAACCCAUGCUCUCUUCUCUUCCCAGCUCAGUGUUGGAUGUGCUCUGAGGUACCCCAGUUCCAGCAGCCCUCUGCCUCCAGGUGCCAUGCGGUGCUUGGGAGUAGCUUGUUCUUGAGUUGACUAAGCGGAGGAAGCACUUGCUAUCCUUGCACUACCGGGCCAGACAAUCCUUCCCUCGGCUGCAGAUCCCACUGGAUCCCUUCCCAUAAUGGAGGUGUGAGUGCCAAGAUCCUCCAUGACCUCCAGAAGCCACAACUCCUUGCCGAGAACUCUGAUGGCUCCACGAAUGCUUUCCGAAGGUGCUCUGGGGGGCAUUGCCCAAAUCACCCCCUCGCUGUACCUGAGCCGGGGCAGCGUCGCCUCCAACCGGCACCUGCUCCUGUCCCGAGGGAUCACCUGCAUAAUCAACGCAACCAUCGAGAUCCCCAACUUCAAUUGGCCCCAGUUUGAAUAUGUCAAAGUGCCUUUGGCUGACAUGCCCAACGCCCCCAUCUCCUUGUACUUCGACAGCGUUGCCGACAAGAUCAACAGCGUGGCACGGAAGCACGGGGCCACCUUAGUCCACUGCGCGGCCGGCGUGAGCAGGUCAGCCACCCUGUGCAUCGCCUACCUGAUGAAGUACCAUAAGGUGUCCCUCUUCGAGGCAUACAACUGGGUCAAAUCAAGGCGCCCUGUUAUACGCCCCAACGUGGGCUUCUGGAGGCAACUGAUAGACUACGAGAGGAAGCUGUUUGGGAAGACAACGGUUAAAAUGGUACAGACACCAUAUGGCAUCAUCCCAGACGUUUAUGAGAGAGAGAGGAGACCCCUGAUGCCUUACUGGGGAAUUUAAUGUGACUGCAGACGGGAAGCACAGCAGAAGGGACAUGCUGUUCCAAGUCGACCAGACUGGAGAUGUUCCCUUCUCUUUCUACAGCCAACUUUGGUUCUUUACCAUACAGCAGAACCUCAACUAAUUUUCACCUCACUAACCCGCAAGGCCAACAGUUCCCUUCGAAGCAUUUCUCUCUACAGGGAUUCCCCCAUCCCAUUUUUCUCUGAUUUAGCAGAAUGAGAUCUUCUUAUAAGUUUCUUCCUUUCAUAAAGCCUCCCUCUCUUUUUAGUCAGUUUAUUAGUAUCCUAUGAGGAAAGGCCUACGAGGCGUUUGGCAGAAUUAAUGAACAAAGUGCGCUUUGUGAUGCGGUAGCCUGGAUAUUUCUUUAAUAGCUUGUUUGCUUCCUUGCAGAAUCCUGUAGUGGUUUGGGAGCAGCACUGGCACCACAGGGAAGUCCAGCUCUAACAGCAUGGCUUCCAGGAGCAGGGAGGAGGUAGUGCAGGGUUGUGUUGCUAGUGCUGGUGUUUUCUUUAACAUCUGUAGUGACUCUCAGUAUAUAGUGUUUGAGAUCUUUAGUCAGCUCUUAAUCUGUAUUAAAAGUCAAAAAGAAUGAAGUCAGUCCGUGUCAGGCACAAGUGAAAUAAAAUUUGAAUGAUUGGAAUCCAGUAAAUACCAAGCCCUUCUUCACUCAUUCCAUGCCAGGGCAAUAGUCCUGGAAUACACCGACACUUCUGAAAAGUACUGCUGGUGUUCCGUGGGUGGAAAGGAAACACAAUUUGUGAACGUGUGGCUGAAAGCAGCAGCAGGAGGUUAACCCUUCCCUUCCCACCACACAGCCAAGGGGAUGUUUAGGAAACGCUGUGUGCGUGGCCACCUUCCUAAAGGGCUGAGUUGCAUUUCCUAACAUUCAGACAAGCAGUGGACUGGAAGUAGGUACACCCACUGGAGUACUUUGCUCUAGAUACGGUCGUGAUCUGCCUUAGCCCAUUUCUCAAACACUUCAUUAUGUCCUCAAGGUUAUGUUGCAUUCUAGAAUUGUUCUGCACAAAAAGGCGAUCUGUUUCACCUCCGGAUGGGGAUGGCGGUACGGAAAAGGCUUUGCCUCGCUCUGUUCGUGAUGAGAGAGAUUCCAACUGGAGACGUGGGAGAAACCUGUCUGUGGCACAGCUGCUGCCUCCUGGGCACCGCUGCCCUCCCCGCAGAUGGAGCAAGACCUUCCUGUCCUCUGCUGCAUCCCUGCCGGAUGAGUACGCAGAUUGCUGGAUGCUGAGAUAGCUAUCUGAUUUAAAUGAGAUUCUAUACUUGUAAAAAAAAAAAAGUCAAUAAAGAGUAAACUAGAACAUGCGUUGGCUUCCUAUUCAGAACUGUGCUAAUGUAUCUGAAGUAGCAGUGGGAACAUGGUGUAAUCCUGAGCAGCACUUUACACAAGUCUGGAGAAGUAAUUCUGUGUUCCAAGCAGUUUCGAGGUGUCCCCCAUUCCUGACAGUCAUUGCAACAUCCAGGCGGUUCAGUUAGUGAUGCAAAUUCCUCAAUGGUUUAAGGGCAUCCAAAGUCCAAAAGAGUUUCCUGUGUGCACCUACAGCCCAUUCCACCUGCAAACCUCUCUUGGGGUGCAGUAGCCAAAACUGCAGCUGGAAAACCCCCAGCACUGAGCACCAGGUUUUCCAACUCCCUGGAUCUCAGGGCACUUCCGUAUCAAGCACAACAGAGCAGCCCUGCAGCGCCAGAGGGAAUUCUUUUCAGAUGAGCAAGAAUCGAGUUUCAGCCCGCAGAGAUAAAAGGGAGAUUUGCCACACGCUGUGUUCAGCUCAGGUUUCAGCGGUCGUGUCUCUUGGCACUGUUUGCAGUGACAAACAAGCAGUCGUAUCACACUGACUGUCCAUUUGAAAAUAUACUUUUUUUUUUUUCCUUUGGAGUUAAAUAUCAGCAGGGAAGUGGUAAGAAAGGAAGUACAGAUUAAAAAUAGGACUAAGAAUUAGUUGGGAGAAAUCCUGAAAGCAUGUCACUUAGAGGGAAAAAAUACUUGAAAAAAAAGAAAAAAAAGUCUUUCAAAAUUAAACUUUUCCUAAAAAAUUGAGUAGGCCUAUUUUAACAGUAUUUUCUGCACAAAAACUGGAAGGGAAACCUUCUCCACUUGGAAUAGUUAGAUGUAUAUUUUGCACACACACUGCUUCAGUGUUGGGGGAGGAGAACCAAUUGUUCAACAACCAAAGCACAGAGUGACUUGGAAGCAAUAAGAAAUGCAAUCCCCUCACAAAAGCAUAUCAUGAAAUAGAGAACUCAUCCAGAAUGCCCAGCAGAGAUUUGAGAGAAGCGCAGUGGUACCAACAGCUUAAAGGCACCUCUCCACAGAAGUUUCUCCUUCCAAGAGCAGAUAUUUACCUGUGCCUCAUUUUCCCCCAAACGGUUUUUGUGCACCUUGAAGUCAACAGAAGCAGAAGAGGUGACUCCAAGCGUCUGGAAGCAGGGCAGCACGACGUGAGGAAGCACCCAUUCCUCCUGAUUCCCAUUGUCCAGAAGACGUCCUUGUUUGCAGAACACUGUAGGUGCCACUCAGUGAGACACCUUCCUGUCGUUGGCCACAGGGAUUCUGCAUCCGCAAGCAUUCAGCACGUGGCCCCAGCUGUGCCCUGCAAGGAUCCCUGCAGGGAUUUCUGCAGCGACUCUGGCACAGCACAGACUGAAACAGCUCCAACUGCAAAUGGUGAAAUCACUUCUAGAAGACAAACAAUGCUCACCC